AUGUCCACAUCUGAAACGGACAAUGAUAAAGUCCAAAAACGGACUAGGAUCGAUGACUAUUUCCAAAGAACUCCUGAACACCAAAAGGCAAUUGAACAAAAUUCGAUGGAUCAUUAUUCAAUUCCUGAUCACGAAGGAGUUAUUAUGGAAAACGUCGAUAACGAAGAUACUUACACAAAAAACAUCCAACUAUCUCAUGAGAACGUGACGGAAGAAGUUCAUAGCAUUAUUGAAAAGAUACAACAUAUCAAAUGUCCUCUCUUUAAGUAUAGGGUUGUAAAUCUUUCAGUGCGAGAUGCCUCGGAUCCCGUUAAUAAGCUAACAGAAUCUGAAAAGAACCUCUUAAAAAAGAUCUGGAAUUCGUUUGAGUCUUCAUGCGAAAUAAAGAAAAUCCGUCUAAAUAAAUGGGAAAAAGAUUUACAGCCUCUUUUAAAAAAGUAUCAAGCCCAUUUUGAAAACAAAUCGGCAUUUGACACAAUUUCGUUGGAUGACGCCAUCAAGGAUAUUCUUGUGGUACCAUAUACAGGCAUUUUUGUACAUAAAGAACACUUUGAUAUACUGUGGAUCCAAGACGUUUAUAAACGAUUAUCACCUAUUAACUUAUUAUUGGAUCAUGAGCAAACAGAACUUUCUUAUCGUGAAGAUUUUGUCAAUCCAAUAAUUGCAAAAGUUUUUGAUGAUAUCAUGGACCUAAUUCGGAUCGGUUUCUUAGAAGUUGUCGGAAGUGCCAUUUAUGACGACAUUACAAAACUAAAUGAAGACACAGAGAAAGUUUUUAAAUGCAUGCAGAUGUCUAUAUUUUACCAACGCCAACAUCACUUACAACGUGGAGCAAAAGAACAACAACUCACUUCCUUGGAAUCUUACGGAAUCAUUGUAUAUCAAAGAACAUUUACGAUCUAUGUUAUGCAUCAAAAUAUGGGCAUAUAUGUCGUUGAUAAACUAACCGAAUUCAGUAUUCCGAACUCAAAGGACCAAUUAUAUGUCCUUAGAGAGGUCAUCGAAAAAGUUUACAUGUUUAAAAGUCGACUUAUGGAAUAUUACCUUGCAGUGCAAAAGAUCACCCCUUCUGCCAACACUUUUACCACUACAAAGGACCGCGUUACCCCACAUAAUUCAAAGCGUGAUACUGAAGACCUAACUGGAAGAAGGAAUCGUUUCUUCAAAAAAAUCCAACAAGUCAACCUACCUCCUCCAUCCGAACUGGCUGAUUCUAGAGAAUUUAAUAGAUUCCAGAAUGAAGAAGAUUCCCUUGCCCUUAAUCAUCGCCUAGCUCAGUUAAUUGGUCUACCUGUCAUAGUAUGUAAUGACAUCCUGGCCAAGUUUCAGGAUAAUGCAAAUGGUAGCAUUGAGUUGGUUGAACAGAUGGCAACCUCCAA